AAUUGAUUAUAAAAGUAAAUAAAUAUGAAAUGUUUUGUUUUGUUUAGUUAUUUUCUUUCACUGAAUAACUAUUAAUUGAUUAAACUAGUUGUGUUUUGGGUGUGUUGGUCAAUAUUUCUGAUUAUUUCAAUCAUGGUAGAUGUACCUGUUGACGAUAUGAUUAAAAAUACUUUUGCAUGGCACAAUAAAAACAGCUAUAAAUCCGGAAAACCGUAAUUACCUAUAUUAUUAAAUACCAUAUUAUACUACAUAAUAUAAUGAAAAAUACCUGAAAAUAUCUUAAAAUAUAUGGUUAUUAUUAUUUUUUUUUUUUUAGAUAUAAUUUAUUUAAUUAUUUUACCAAUAAUGAAGAGUCGCAUACAAAAUAUCGACAUUAUCAAAUGACAGUACCAUUAUCUGUUCAAGUAAGUAUCAUAAUUUAGACUUUUUUUCAUUCUGAAAAAUAUUCAGCUACACAUAGGCACAACUAAAGUACAAUUUUUGAGUGCUAGAAAUCGUUACCUAUAUGAAAUGAAACACUAACAGCUUUACUACUACAUUCUUUAAACCGUCAUUUUAUGAAUAAUUUAAUGUUAAACCACACAGAAAAAAAUGAAAUAUAAAUUUUUUUUUUACAUCAUAGUAUAUAGUCAAUUAGAUAUAUAUAGCAAACUAUAUCAAAUGUGAUCAUAAUUACUUCAUGUCCAUUUUAAUCACUACCUGUGUCUCCUUCAACACAUAUUUUUGAAAGAUUAGAAAAACUAUUUUGUAACAAAUCAAUAGGCAGAAAAUAAUUUUUCAAAUAUUUCAAAAGCAAUAGUUUUAAUGAUCACUAAUUAGUUAUAGUUAUUUAUUAUCAAUUAUGAAAUACCAAACUGUAUUAAAAAAAUGUUUUUACGAUAACCACUGGUUAUAAGUAAAGACCGAUUUUAAUUGCAUUUAAAACACACAAAAAUUGCAAAUUAAAAUUAUAUUAUUGCACCAAAAAAUAUGUUAAAAUUGUAUAAUAAAUUGCAAUAUAAAAAUGUAAAAGUUAAAUAAAAAAAAUUAGAUAAAUAUUACUAUCUUAAUUAAAAUUGAUAAUUACAUACAUUUCUAAAUUAUUUUCAUUAAAAUUGAAUCUUUUAUUAUUACUUAAAAUAUGUAUGUACAAAAAAACAAUAUGUUCUAUGUCUACACUAGUUAUUGUUGCAUAUUUAAAACAAUUUAAUAGUAUCUAAAUUAACAUUUGCUUUACCUAACAUGACUAAAGUUUUAUACCCUUCAUUUUUUUCAAUUACUUUAAUUUUUUCCCCAUUUGGACCAAGAAUAUUCAUUAAAAUAUCUUCANUAUUUUUUACAAACUGUUUCAACUUUUAGACACUUGUAACAUCAUCUGUUAAAAUUUCAUUCACGUUUUUAAAUUCUUCAAAAUUAUUUGCAUAGAAAAGAACAGCAUUUAACCAUGUUCCCCAUUUUGUAAUAAUAGAUUCGGGUGGUAAAGGUAUACCCACCAUUUCUUUACUGUAUUAAUUUAUUCUCAAUGGUCCUUUUAGGAAAACUUUUUUUCCUGAAUAAACGAAAUAAGUUACAUGUGUAUUUAAAUUUUAAAUAGAUACUUGAUAUAUUACUAUUGUUAAUCAAUUUAUUAAUGUCCAAAUACAAUACUCGAAUUUUCUCUAGAAUAUGUUUCACAAUAUUUUCAUUUUCUAAAAUUUGUUAAAUCUUAUUGUUAAUCUUACUUUCUUCCUUUCUUCCUCAUUCACUGCUUUAUACAUUUUCCUUACCACUCUUCUUUCAAAUAUUUUAAGUCUGUUACUAACGCGAGGUAAUAUAUAGUAUCUAUUUUAUUAUUUUACCAAAUAUAAUAUUGAUAAAGCAUCGCUAUCAACUGAACUACACUAAGAAUUGUUUUUCGUUAGCAAUGGUUUAUUGUUGCUUAUAGGUAUAAAUUACUUCUUAAAAUGUCUGUACUUGACCCCAUUAUCCUACGACAACUUUUACUAUAGUAAAGUUUCUGAUAAAUGUUUUGUAUGUUAAAAAUUUAAAAAAUCCAAAAACAUCUCCUUUUUAAAUAUACUUUAAUCUUUUUGAGGCACGUGAAGCAGUUGACUUCUCAUACCCAAAAUGUACACAAAUAUCUUUUACAAUGUAGAUACCUAACAGAAUUUCGAGUUCGUCGCACAAAAUUAUUUAAGUUCAAAAAUAAAAACCUCCCCAGUGGUCCUGUAUAACUAAUUUUAACAAUGUUUGUAUUAGAUGUUUAAUUCUGAUAUGGAAUCUUUGAAGAAAGUAAAUUUCCCUUAGGUGGACACGAUUUAAACAGAGUAUUUUUUGUUCUUUUUCAAUACUAUAGUAAUCAAUUUCAUGUUAAGCUAAGCUUUCCUAUGAAAAUAAAAAAAAAAACAUCUUCAAUUAAUGUAAAUACAAACAAGAAAAUAUAAGGACAUGAUCAUGGAUCUCAUUAAUGUUAAGAUAACAUCUGGAUUGUAGCAAUAUAAUAUUAUUUGUAAUGAUUUCAUAAGAAAUAAAAGAAAAAAUCUUUAGUGAUAUAAAUAUAAAAAUGAAUUCACUCAAUAUUGAUUUGUAAUUCUAUGUAUCAAAAUGAAAUAACUGAGAGUGGUAAGCAAUUCUUUGUCCAUCUCUUUAAUUGCACCCAUGUAGCUAUAAAAUAAUUAUAAUAAUACAUUUUAUGUUUGUGUGUAUGAAAAAAAUACAAUAAUUUCUGACAAAUUAAUAAAUGAUUAUAAUAUACCUAACAUUAUUUUAUGACUACCUAGUUAUUUUUAAAACAUCUGAUUUAUAUGUUUCAGACUUUGCAUGAUUCUCCGUGUAAAAAUGAAUCCUCUCAGCCAUUUUAUCAUAUUCAUCAGGUAAUAAUUGAAUUCCAUUAAUAGACUACUUUGAUAUAAAACCUAUAAAAUAUCAAUUUUAAAAUGUAUUGUGAAAAAUUGUUGAUUUGCUAAUAUUUGGUAAUAACAACUGAAUACGAAGAACCCCUUUUUUUACUUGUGCCACCCCUUUGUAUUUAUCUAUUACUGUAUCUUACUUAACUAUCUACCACUGUAUACCAGUAAAAGGCUCAAAAAAAACAUAAAACUGGAAUUUAGAAUUCUGGAUGUACAUAUCUAAAUCAGAGGUUCUUUUCAUGGUACGGCCAAUUUUGUAAUUUUUUUUUUUUAUUUUAGCAAUCUGUCACAUACAGUAUUAUGAAUUUACACUGACAAGUAAAUACUUCGAUUGAUUGUCCUAAGAAGUUCAUAUCAGAUUAAUUCUAAAUGGAUUAAUUCUUUGAUACAACAAUAUUAAAAUAAUUUUACAAUUAUAAUAUUUGUAUUCAUUUAAAACAGUGACACUGGGCUAUACUAAUGAAUACUUCACAGCAAUAAUUAUUUUCUUCGAGAGCUUUACUUAUCUACUUAGUGAAGCGACGGACUUGAUUGAUUGUCAAAUGUUUGUUGCAUAAUCCAAACUGAUGGUCCAGUUUAAUAUUUUUUUUCUUCUAUGAUUGGUUUUAUACAUUAAAGUAAAACACUUGAAGGGUUUAGAAAAACUUGGAAGUAGUAUGAUGUGACAUCUUCUAGUGGAUUUCUCAAUUUGAGCAACAUAACCACUUAUGCGCGUAUCCACUGUUCUGGAAUGUAUAUUCCAUGCUCAAAAUAGCAUUGUAUGUGUGCAUACAAUAGCAUUCUUUAGAAGCUCUUUAAUUAUUUUUGAACUUAUUUCAUCAUAGCUUGGUGCCGUUUUUAGGUUUAAUUGGUCAUCUAUUACUUUGACCACUUCUAUUGGUAAGAAAUGUUUAAUCUUUUCACGUGUUCACUAAGCUGUUCACAUUUCACAAUAUCAGGCACACUCUAUUUGGUCUAUUUGGUAGAAAUACACAUUCAAGGUGUUGAGUGUAUAUCUACUUUUUUUUUGUUCACUGUGAGCUUUCACUCCCUUUGGUGGUCGUCAAUCUCAAUCCCCAGAAAGUAUGUUUGGCAUUAUAAUCACCUUUGGCAAUGGAUCUACUACCCAGAGUACUGUACUACCCAUUAUUUUAUUAUCAAGUCCCUCUGUGAAUGUGGUUGCUUGGAUAUUCUGUUGUGUAUAUUUAAUAUCCAUGUAUCUUUGAAUAUAUCUUUGAAAUGAAAUAGUAAAAUAUUAAAUAUCGUUUCUUCAUGUGAACAACAUAUUUACCAGCAAUUUGACUCCAAUUUACAAUGAUAGCAUUUUUCCUGGAAAGUACUUUAGGGAGGUCUACUUUAUUUUUCCCAAGAGUUUUCCCAAUGAAUAGGAAAACCAGUAAAAAAAAUAGGAAAAUAGGUACAAUAUUAAACGAAUAUUAUUAAAGAAAAUAUAUAAUGAAUGUUAUUAUUUAACGAUAAUAUGAUAUAUAUAUUGUUGACAAAGCAACACUAUCAACUGUACUCCGCUCUGAAUGCAAUGAUUAAAAGAAAUGGUUAAUCGUUGUGUACAGAUAUACUAUAAAUUUCCAUUUAUAUUCUACCUUCUGAAUUUCCCACUUACAAUAGUGGUUGCACCCCCGCCCUUAUUAUCCUUGGACAGCUUUUGUUGUAUUUUUUUAUAAACAGAGUAUCCUUUCCAAUUUGAAAUGUGACCUUCACCACAGUUUGCGUAUUUAGCCUUUGAUUUGGUAGAAUUGAUGCAGCUUAGUCCUUCAUUACAUUACACAAACUUUGGUAUUUUAAAAUAGUAGUUAUGAGUGUAACCAAAAUUUAAGCAAUUUUUGCAUUGUGGCACUUUUGUUUAUCCUUGGAGGUUCUACUUUUAUUUUUAUUAUUUAUAUUACAUAUUACAAAUUAUUAUUUACAUAAUGUUUUUAAAAUGUACAUUCUCAAUUAGAUUUGAUAUUAUAUUAUGAAUAGAUUAAAUUCUUCAAUAUCUAAUUCUGACAAUAUAGUACUAUUAUAAGAUAUAUGAUAUUGUAUAAUAUAAAUUAUUUUGUAAUAUUAUUAAUCAUAUAAUAGGGAUUAAGGGGUUAACAGGGGUUAAGGGAUGUUUGGUUUUAGGUCAGGUAUAAAAACCAAUCCCAUGUUAAAAAAGGUAUUAUAAACAUAAAUAGAAAUAAUCAGUAGGUCAGUUAUACUAAUUAUGUUUUGUUUAAGGAUUCAAUGACUAUACAAAAUUCAAGUCCAACACCAGUCAGAUUCAGUCCACGUAUGGGGUCUAACGCUAUUAAUUAUGCUCGAUCAACUGCUACAAAUCGUGUAUUAAUCAACCCUAAUAUGUCACCAAUGAGCAGUUAUAAUGUUAAUCAAUCUAUAUCAAAAAUUAAUUCAAUGUUUCCUACCGCUUCAGAAUCUCAUAUUAGAGCUUUAUUGAAUAAGUAUAAUUAUAUUUAAAUUAUCAUUAGUUAAAAUUUAAUUCAAACAAAUUGAUUUAGAUAUCAUAACAGAGAAGCAGUUGUUAUUAGUGCCUUGCAAGUUGAAAAACAUCCAAUAACUACACCUGGACCUUACACGCCACCAUCAGUCAGUCGUCACUAUAUCCAAGCUAAUCCAUCACCCGCAGGUAGUCCAUUACCUAAAUCUGCUCAUUAUUCACCAAAAAUGAAGUUGAGGUAAUCAUUAUACAUAAUUAUAUUAUAAUACAAUAACUUAUUAAGAAGUUGUAUUUUUAAAAUUGCCAGAAAAUUUGUUUGUAUUUAAAAGAUAUAGGUAACAUAAAAAGUACCAAAAAUUAUUUUUUUGAAUUUGAAUUUAUCCUAUAGUGAAAACUUAUAUUUUCUUAAUUAAGUAAACAUCUAGAACCUUAUAUUCAUCUGGAAUAAUAUUAGGUAUACACAUGAAAAGUAGAGAUCUUUUCUUUUUAUGGGUAUUUAUUAAUGAUUAGUAAAUAAUUUUAUUGUUGUAGAUUUCAUAUAUAUUUGUAGAAAUUUAACAUUACCCUAUGUUUAAGUCCUUUAAUUACUUUUUUAGUUUUUAAUCUAAUUUUAGUACUACGCGAUAAAGAUUAUGUUACCAUGAAUUUCUAAAAAAAGUAGAUUAUUUUUAAUAACUGGUAAAUCUUGAAAUUUACUAAAUCUAUUUUUGAAUGUUUGAAAUCCUUAUGGUUUUUAAUAUUUUGGAAAUUGUUUGAUGAUUGUUGAUAUACACAACAUUUCAAAAUAUGGUAGGUGAAUGUUAAAAUAAUAUAGUAUUAACUCAAUUAAAGUAUUUUAGUAAUGUGUAUAUUUAGAUUAUCUAUAUAUUAUUUAUUCAAGUAUCAAUCACUAAAAUAAUUUUUGUUUUUAUUGUUAUUUUAUUUAAACAAAAAACAUACAUUAUAUAUCUGUAUCUACAGUUAAAUAUGUUAGAAAAUUGAUGCCCUGACAUGAUAUGACUAUAUUUUGGUGUAGUAUUGUCCACAAGAGGUACCAACUGAUUUGCCAUGGGUUCAAACCUUACUCAUAAUUAAUAUUUUGUUUUGCAUUGUUUUACAAAAUCUUUUUACACAAUGGUGUACUUUUUAUACAAUAAUAUACUUUGAAAACACAUAUUUUUGAGUUAUUAUUUCUAAUUAAAUAGAUAUUUUAAAAAAAAAAACAAUUACAUAAAACCAAAAAAAAAAAAAUCAAUAAACUCGACUGCAAAAAAAUUAAACUAAAUAGAUAAAAAAUAAUAUAAAACAGAAAAAUAAAACAUAAUGGAAAAAAAACAGUUUUAGCUGUUAUAGUGAUAUCCAAUCUUGAAAAAUAACUAGCAGUCAGACCCACCAGUCCCUAUUUCUAUCAUAUUUCAUAAUAUUUAAAUCUUUUUUUUUUGCUCUUUCUCUAAUCAAGUUUUUUGAUUUUUAAAAAUGAAUUACUAUUUAUUAAUUAAUUUAUGUAUAUCAUGUUCAUUAGUAGAGAUAGUAAACUAAAGUUUUCAUUAUAAUAUUAAUAAAUAUAAUUUACAAUACAAAUUAAUAUAUACAAAGUUCUGACAUUCAUGGUAAUAUAAACAUAACUGUUUUUGUGACUGUGUUUGUUGCUUAGAUUUCUUACUAUUUUGAUUUUAUUAUUUAUUUUAUUUUUAUUUUUAGCAUGGAUUUUAAUUUGAAUGUUUCAGUAUAUGUAGUUAAAUUGAUAAUUGUCUGAUAUAAUUAGACGAUAGAAAAUAUUUUUUAUGGUCAAAAUUUUACAAUGAUGGAUUUAUUUUUUUGCAUACAUUGGUGAGUAUCUAUUAUUUUAUUGUUUUUAUUAUUUUGUGAGUAAAAUUAUUCCUUUGGUAGAUUAUUCAAUCAUGAUACUAUUAUUAUAAUUUUAUUAUCUAGAUAUUUGAAGAGUGUCUUUCCGGUUGUAGAAGAAACUGUUCUUUUGGAUACGUUGUGUAGUGCUGAUAAUAAUGUUAAUCAAGCUACAGAAACAUUAUUAACUAUGGGAUUCAACAAGCGAAAUAAUAUUUCCAAUAUAGUUCCCAACCUGCCUAGAGUUACAUUAACAAACAACAAAAAUGAUUAUGAUGAAGAUGAUAUAUUUUGGAUUCGAAAAAAAAAAUGUGAUAAUUAUGAUAAAACUAAAUCUGUUUGUUCAUCAUGGCCAAUUUCUCCUGAUGCAACAUCUACACUAAAUAAUAAAACAAAUUCAGAUGAGCAAAUAAAAAGUAAACAUUUAAAUAAGUUUAAUGUAAAUAUAAAAUAGUUAUUUACAAGGUAUAUUUUUUUAGUUAAACAAAGAUUGCAUAAAAAAUUUAAUGAUCAAGAAGAGAAAAUAAUAACUUUUGCUUUAGAAAGUACAAGUUAUAAUGAGGUAUUGGCUGAUCAAAUUUUAAAGAAUUAUUUAGAUAAUGAAUUCAAAACAAAAGAUGAAAAUGAUUGGUAAUAUAUUAUUAAUUAUUUUAUUUUAAUGUAAAUAUUUUCCAAACCUUUUAAGAAAAGUAGUGCAUUACAAUGAUAAUAAACUUAUUAACAACAAACUAUAGAGCUAUAACAAAUGAUAACACGAAAAGAUAUUUAUGCUGGGUAUAUUAUUAAUAUUGAAAAAAUAAAAUAAAAAAAGGUAAACAGAAAGGAGAAGUUAGUACCUCUAACAAAAUUUUUAUUUUCUAAAUAUGAUUAUUAUAAUAUUUUCAUUUUAGAUUCUGAAAAAUGUAUUAUGUGUAUGGGUAUUAGUUCUACAAUAAUAUGUAUUUUGUAUUAUUAUUAAUUUUUUUUUUACCUAUGCACUUUUUUACCAGCAAUUUUGCUCCGAUUUUCAAUUAUAGCAUUUUUUUUUGGAAGAUCUGACAGGAGUAGUACUUUAGGAAGGUAAUUUUUUUUUAUUCUCCCAACUUUUUUUCAUAAUAAAUGGGAAAAAUGUAGGAAAAUAUUACACAAAUACUUUAAAAAAAAAAAAUGCUAUACAUAUGUAAUUAUUUUACUAUAAUAUAUUAUAUUAUUGACAAAGCAACAUUAUUAAUUGAACUCCGCUCAGAAUUGUUUUUCGUUAGUAAUGAUUAAUAUCAUUUGCAUACAGAUAUACAUUAAAUUUUCCCUCUACAUUACUAUUUUCUUACAAACAAUAAUUGUCCACCCAUCAUGGAAAGUAUGUUUGUACCAUUUUUCAUUUUGUUUUAACUAAGUAGGUAAAUAAUUAAACAUUUGUUCAUAAUAUUUUAUUAUUGUAUUCCCUGAUGUUACAAUUUUAUAUUUUAACAUUUGUCAAUAACUGCCAACAAAUUAAAAGAUUUUUUUUCGUUUUUUUUAGAGGCUUAAUAAAAAAUCAAACAUUGUAGGACUAAUUAAUAUACCUUUGAUAAUUGAUAUGUUGAUUAUAACAAUUGUCAGUAAUGGUCCUUAUGUUACGAAAUAAUAAAAUAAUCUUUUAAACACAUUAUAUACUAUAAUAUACAAAUUGUAAUAUAGUGCAUUUCUAACUUAAAUUUAGAAAAAGAUUUAAUUAAAAGAACUGACUUUUUAAUAUAACACAUGAUGUUAUAAAAUCACAUGUAUGGUAUUUAUUUCAGCACAAUUAAAUUAACUAGGGAAAAUUGAUUUUUAAGGUAUAACUUAUUAAAAUGCACUUAGAAAAAGGUUUUAUAUUUUUUCAGUUAACUUUAUUCUCCAUAGUAUUAAAAUUUGUUUUAGGUUAAUUUAAAGAAACGAUUAAUAAAUAAAUAUACUAAAACGUAAAGAUAAAAUAAUAUUAUAUUCUGUUAUUUAAAGUUUAAACUAAUGUGUAAUUAUAAUUAAUUAUAAUGUAAGAACUCAAAUUAAUCUUUGAAAAAUAAAAAAUGUAUACAUUUAAACAAAAAUAUAAAUAAUAUACAUAAUAGAAUUUUUACAAUUAUACAUUUAGGUAUAUCUUAUCGAUUAUAAUUCUUCAUAAGGACUGUGGGGUGUUCGAUAAAUAUUUUGUGGGACAUUGAUAUUACAUUCUUUUUGUACAUCAAGCUUUUGUUAUGAAAUUUCUUUUCAGCCAUUGAUAAUUAUUGACUCUACAUAACCUUUCCAGUUAUUUUUGUUUUAUGAUGAGAAAUUUUUAUUGUUAAUCAUCCUAAUUCAGGAAUUCAAAUCCACGGCUUGUGCUCUCAAGAUGGCACGUGAAACAUUUUGGGGGUACAGGAAAAAUUAAAAUAUUUAUAUUAUGUUUUUAUUUUUAAUAAUUAAUAUCAUCACAAUUUCACACAUUUUUAGAUUCUGAGUGGAGCAAAGAAACUUAUAGUUUUACAAAGAUGUUUAUUUUUCAGUUUUCCUAAUAAAUAUGAAAAAUCUUAAGGAAAAUAGGUACAUUAUUAAAGAAAAUAGAUUAUUUAGUAUUUAUUUUACUAUAAUAUUUACAUAGGCAGUGUAUCCCACAGUGUUUGAAUUUUUCUAGUGCUGUUAUUAUAAAAAAAAUGUUUUAAAUUUUUCUUUUAAAUCGGUUUUUUCUUCGAGGAGGACAUUAAUGUGGAGAAAAAUACAAUUUUGAUUUUCAACCCCUAAACAUGAAAAAAAUAAUUUUAUUUAUUCACUUUUGUAAAAAAUAUUUUAAAAAUUUUAAUGUAUCAUACAUUCAUAUCCAAUUAAUACAGCGGUUCUCAUUAGGAUUUUAGAAAGGGCAAAUAUAAUUUUUAAAUAUUAUUUGUGGGCUGCAUAUAUUUUUAAUGAUAAUAAUUAAAAAUAUAAAAAUUAUUGAAGGACAACCAUUCGUACAUGUGGAAAUUAAAUUUUGCCAAUCUAUUUUAUUUUUUUUUUUUAAAUAUAUAGAAAUUGUUUCAAAAUAAUCCACGCCACGAGUUUGUCUUUUUAUUGGUACGACUUUCAAAAAGUCUUCUUUAAUAAUAUUAUUUUUUGAACAAAAUCUAACUAAAAGUAUUAAUUGAGAAGUAGAGCUUAUAUCUACUGAUGAAUUUAAUGCUAAAGAAAAAAAUCAACAAUCUUUUAAUUCGUUGAUCACUGAAUCAAAUACUUGAUAGCAUCAGAUAACUGCAGAUUUGAAAUUUGGUCAGGUAUUUCUUUAAUAUUGAAAAAAUUACCAAAUAGAGUUUUUACAACUGUUUCCAUACAGUUUUUUAUUAGUUUGGCAUCCGAUAAUGGUUUGAUAUGUUUGGCUAACAUAUAUGUUACUUCAUACGACGCUUUUGUUGCAAGUUCAUUUUAUUAGUGAACUGUAACAUUGAUUGUUUUUCAGAAAAAAUUACUUUUUUUUAAUUCAAUUAGUUUUUCUUCUAUUAUUUCAGAUGGGUGUGAAUAAUUUUUAGAAAAUUCAGUAUGAUUAGUUGUAUAAUGACGAUUAAUAUUAUAACGUUUUGGAAUAUUUAUGGUUUUAAGACAAAUUAAACAUAAAGCAUCGUGUUUCUUACCAGAAAUACAUACAAAUUCAAUCUCCCAACUAUCUUGAAAUAUUCUGUGUUCUUCGAUUUUACGUUUUUCCAUGAUAUAGAAUUAAAAAUAACGGUUUACUCGCAGAAUAAUUAAAUAUUAUAACAACAAUACGUGAUAAAAUACUGACGGACAAUAAACGAUAACGGAUGAACUGUUCAUAAAAGACUACGCGGUGGAAAAUAAUAAACUCAUAAUCGUAGGUACCAGCUUAUCUGUCCAACUGAUAAUUCAAUACAAGUUUAAAAUAGAAAGAUAAAAUAAAUAAAAAUAACAAGAUAAAAAUCAACGUUAAUUUUAUUCACUAGCGGGCCGCGUAGUGGGGAUCGCUGGAUUAAUUCCUAGUUUCUUAAUUAUAGCAGUUUUAAUUUCUAGAAUAAAAAUAGUUGUGUAAACGAUUAAUAUUCAAUAGAAGGUAAAGAAUUACCGUGGCGAUUGUAAUUCCUUAUCGCAUAACGUGUUAUUUUAUUAAAUAUUAAUUGUUUUCACACCUAAUAAAAUGGCAAUAACUAUGAAAUUAUUUACCGGAUAUGAAUGUUACAUUAAAAUUGUUUAAAUAUUUUUUACAAAAUAGCUAUUUUAAAAAUUUGUAUUAUAUAUAAGAAUUCGGACCACACCAUUAUGUCAAUAUUAGGCAGCUGCCCACAUUAACUGAUGGUAACACUUAGCAAAAUCCACUGUGUAUCUUUUAUAAUUAAAUGGCAAUCUCGGAAAAAAAAAAUGUUGGCAUGUAACAUCAAAAUAAUUUGCGGGGUUACCCUAGUUGUUUAAAAACCACAACUUUUUCAUUAUAAAGUUUUUUCAGUAUUAUUGUUAUUGGUCAACUAAUAGCUAAUAUAGAUUAUACAAACAUGCCAUUAAAACUGUAAAUGAAUCCUUUUUGGCAUGUACUUCUUGAGCCUCACGUUGUGGUUGGAAGGAUUAUUGAAAUUACUUUCUGUAUGUAAACAAAGUUUACAUUUUACUUGUUUGUCUGUCAGUUUCAUAUUGUUUUAUUAUUCUGUUUUCAUCAGUCCAUUCAUAAAUAUUAGCACUACAAUAUAAAAUACAAAGAAAUUCAUCUAUUAAAAAAAAAAAAUAAUAAAUCAUUAUUUUCUUCGCACAUCUGUACUGACCACCUUAAGUGAUUAUUAAUAAGUACUUGAUUAUCAUGAUUAUAUAUUGGGAUAAUUUUUCUGUAAUGUCUUCAUCCUUUUGAUGAGACUCUUUGACAGGUCCCAUAUAUCAAAGAUUUAUUUUAGGGUGUUGGACCUGAAAUAAUAUUGAAUACCUCUAUGGCGGUCAGAUUUACACAAUUGAAUCUUACAAUCAUAUUCUACAAUUAAUUUGUGUAACUACAUUUUACAUACUGCUCUUUCUUGAUCACCCUAAACUAUCCUGUUUUGGACCAAUUGAAAAUUAAUCAUUUUAUUAAUAUUUAAAUCUAUAAUUGAAUAAAUUUAAUAAUUUGCAAAAAAUCCCAGAGAAUUGUAUUGGGCAUCUCCGGCCAGUCAGAUGUUUAAAAACAUCAUAUUAGUUUUUAAAUUAUUAAUAUUAUCUCGUUUGUGAUAAAUCCAUAUAUUCUAACUACAGAUUUAAUAUAAUAUUUUAUGAUUUUGAAAAAACAUAAAUCCAAAAUUUGACAAAUUUCAUUUAUUUAAAUAAUAUACCUGAUAACUAGAGUUCAGAUCUUUAUGCACAAUGACGGCUAUCCUAUAGUCAAGGUGUUGCUCAAGCAACAUCUUCAAAUAGGGGUGGGUGGGUUCUCAUACAUCUAGAGUACAAUCUUGUACAUCAUGGCCUGUUAAUUACAAGUUUUAUGGCCAAAUAAUUUAUUUAUUUAUUCAUGGCAAAUGUAUCAUUAUAGACUAUGGUUAAUAUGAUUAAAUUUUUGUUAUUGAUAUUUGAGCAUAUUUAAAACUUUAGAUUACUUAAGUAUGCAGGUGUUUUUUUGAUUUUUCUGUUAUUUAUUUGGUUUUAUUCAAUUAUAUUGAAUUCGUAAAACAUAAUCGAUAUAAUCACGCAGCUCUAGUAUAAUAUUAUUAUCUUUUUUUCUAGUGGACAACUUAUCUACUUGCGAUUUUUCUCCGAUUUACAAUUAUAGUACAUUUUCUAAAAAAUAAAUAUGACUGGAGGUAUUUUAAGGAGAUUAUUAUUUUUUUUUUUUCAGGAGUUUUCCCAUUAAAUGGGAAAAUAGGUACAAUAUUAAACAAUUAUUAUUAAAGAAACUGUAUAAUACAUGUUAUUAUUUUGCGAUAAUAUGAAAUAUAUAUUGUUAACAAAUCAACACUAUCCACCGAACUCCUCUCAGUAUUGUUUUUUUAAAAUAUGUAAUGAUUCUUACUGAAAUUUAAUCUUACAAUAUACUUAGAUUUUGGUAUGUUUUUUUUUUUUUGAAAAAAAAAAAUACCCGAUUUAUUUAUCUCAAGCAAAAGAAAAUGUUUAGAAUAUAUAACUGAUCCAGCACUAUGUUUAAAAUUGUUUCUUUUACAACAAUUUUCCUAUUUUCGAUGCUAUAUUGCUGAUUUUUUUAUGUUUUGGAAAAGUAUGAAAAUGUCAAGUAUUAUAAUUAUCAACUUGUUUACGCUUACAACCAACCGUUAUUCGACAUUCAACCAAAUACCAAACAUUAAGUCAAAUUUGAUUAUAAAUAAAAAAAUACACACUCAGAUACUUCGACACUCUGGUUACAUACUGUCAACUGAGAUACAAUUUGUACCUAUUUAUAUGUAAUGUUAAUGAUGUUGUUUAUUUUUAUUAAUUAAAUAAGUAAUAUUAUACUAUUAGCAGUUAGAAUAAACCAUGAAUAAUAUACUACAUUCAUACAACUACAUAAUGUCUACUAUUACAGUACCUACCUAAUGCAGUGUGCACUGAUUCACUGAACUACGAUUGUAACAAACAGUAAAUAAUUUUUGUUUUUUUAUUAUUUUGAAUUUUAUUAUUAAAUUGAAUAUUAUAUACCCUAUUAUUUCUAUAAUUCUGUAAAAUGUUUAGUCUGGUUACCUAUUUCAAUAACUAUGAUUACUCUGAAUGUGAAGAGACGCCAAAGAGUAACAGAGACAGUAGUUAAUUUAGUUGCAAUAGGAAUUCUAAAUUAUUGUAAUUAAUUGUAAACUAAUUGGUUUUGUGAAAAAUGUGGAAAACGAAUUAAUGAUCGUGAUGUAUUUGUUGUUCUGAACUUAUGAAUAUUGUUAAAAUGUGCACAAACAAUACGUGCAUAACGGAAAAUACUUUAUUUUCAAAAAUUAUAUAAGACAUUUCAGAAUUACCAAAUAGUAGGUACAUGAUUUCAAAAACAAAGACGAAAUCAAAAAAAAAGUUUACACUUUGGGUUUUCAAUUUGUGAAUGGCAAUUGGAAGAGGUAGGUAAAUUGAUUUUCGAUAGUGAAACAGUAAUAGUCUUAGGUAGGUAAAAAAAUCUAAUAAUUUAUUCCAAAUUGUGUUUGUUUUAUACUAUGGGGAAGAGUUAUUAUUUCAUCAUGUGUGUUUAAAAAAAGUUACUGUUAUCUUGAAGAGAACGGAUUAUUUGUUGUAUUAUGUUUUUUUUCAAAAUCCGAAAUUCAUUUAAUUUAUUUUCUAUUUUAUUUAUAAAAUAUGUAAGUCGUUAAUUAUACAGUUCUAAUCAUCUACUACAAAAUGUAUUCAACUUUAUACAUUUAUUUUAUUUCUUAGAUUGUAAAUAAUAAUAAUCUUUUGUUUAAACUCUGAAUAACAGAAUAUAUUAUUAUUUUAUCUUUUUAGUAUAUUUAUAUUUUUAAUCAUUCCUAUAAACUAACUUAAAACAAAUUUUAAUACUAUAGAGAAUAAAAUCAUCUGAAGACAUACAUAAUCUUUUUAUAAAUGUACUUUAAUACCUUAAAUACAUUUUUCUCUCUAGUUAUUUUAAUUGCGCGAAAAAAAUGCUACAUGUGUGUUUUAGUUUUAUAAAUCCUAUGAAAUGCAUAAAACAGUACCACUAUGGUUAAAAAAAACCAAUUGGAUUUGUGGUAUUUACAGUCUCGUCACAACUAGUAAUGAAAAUAUUACUAUUUUCCACUUGCUUCUCUUCGUCUAGGUCUGAACAAAGCAAUUUGAUAAUUAAAUACAGUAGCACAGAUAAAGAGGCAGAUAUAUAUAGAUAUAAGCAUAUAAAACUUGAGUUUUCAAAUAUUAAACAUAAGUAUAGAAAUUACACUUUCAGACCAUUACUAUUUAUCUUUAUCUUUUUUGAACAAUUGACUAGAUUGAACAUACACAAGUUUUUGGUUUUAAAUUUUUGUUGAAUCAAUUAUUUGAUUUUACCUUGUUUUAAGUCUGUAAAAAAAAAUAUCAAACAGAUGCUAACAUGAGACUUAGAAAAAAUUUAAUUUUAUCUUAAUUGUUAUAGCAUAAUUAUAACGGUAAAAUUAUUUGUUAUAGUAAACCUGAAAAUGAAAACUCUACUAAUGUGCCAACUCAUAACAAUACCAUAAUGUAUGAAAACAACAUAAAAGAUGCAGCAACUGUUAUUGAACAUUCUCAUUGGUAAGGAGACUACAAAGACAAAAUAAAUUGUGUUUAAUUAUAAUUGUGUUAUUUUAUGUUAAGAAAUAAAAGAAAAUUAAUGACUUAUAAAGUAAUAACUGUUAUAUACAAUAUGAAGAUAUCUUAAAGUAUACAAAUUAGUUAAAUUUUUUUUAUCUGUUUAUUAAGUUUUAGUCUUUACAAUCAAAAAGUAUAUUAUAUUUAUUAUUUAUAAGUAGGCAAACAAUUUAUAAAAUUGUUUCUCUAUUAGAAUACUAAUAAUAUAAUAAGUUUUCAUUUUUUUUUUUUUUUUUAGCAAUAUAAAUUAUGACGGCCAAAAAACCUUACCUAUUAGUACAAAAAUUAGUUUGGCGAAAGGUCCAAAUAAAGAUUUAUUAAGGUAAAUUGUGUAUUUAAUUAUUAAUCACUUUAGUUUAAUUAUACAUUUUAUUUAUAGCAAAAAAGACUUAUCCAAAUGUGACAAGCUAGAAAAAAAUAAAGUGAAAGCCAAAGGUCCAAACAAAUCAUUUUUAAGUAAAAUUCAUUCUUUAGCAAAAGGUCCAAAUAGUGAAAUUAAAAAAGGUCCAUCCAAAGGACUAACAAGAGGUAGUAUUUUUCAAAGACUAUUCAAAAAAUAAUUAAUACAUUUAUUUUAAUAAAGUAAAUAUGUUUUUAUUUUAAAUUUUGAUUCUUUAUUAUGUGUGUGUAUACUUAUAAUUUAAGUGAUCAUUUUAUUUUAUUAUAUUGAUUUUUGCCAUUUGGUAUAGUAUUAUAAAUUAUAUUAUUACUUUUUGACUUCUGUUGAUAAUUUAUUAGUUAGAUUUCAAUAUUAAUUUGUCUUAAAUAAUGUAAUUACGUAGGCAUUUUUAUCAAUUAGAAAUAUUUUUUUAAAAAGUUUUUAAAUUUAUAAAAAUCAAAAUAGUGACAAAGUUGUAAUACUAAUUCUAUUGUUAAUUCUGUACUCACAUUAAAAGAAUUAUAAUUUUAAAUCUUAAAAAUAUUGUGUGCUAACAUUAAACGUGAAUAUUUAAAUAGAUUUUGUGUGGACUUUUGUUUUUAAAAUAAGUGAAAUAAUUAAAUUGUGUUUAUCAUUAAUUAUAUAUUUAUUUACUAUUACUUUGUACAAACUUUAAACAGACAAAUUGUCAAUGUUGUCUGCCAUUUUUCAUUAUGUAAAAACUAAUUUUAUUUGUAUGUUUACAUCAUUUACAUUCUUCAUGCUCUUUCAAAUAAACACAUUAUACACAAACAAAAUAUAUUAUUAGUUAUUUUUAAAUAAUGAAAGUGAGGAACGUAAAAACACAUCCAUUAUUCCCCACAGUUAGUAUCCGAAAGUUCCAAAAACCUGUGCACCCAACACUUGGGAAAAAACAUUUUUUUACUACUACAAAUUUGCCAAUUAACCAAUAAAUACAAAUUCAUAAUAUAAACUAACCAAUUCAUAUCAGUGUUAACCCUUAUUACACUAUUAACUAUUUUAUAAUUAUUAAUUUGUAUUUUGUCAAAGAUAUAGAGAGGAAUUUAAUGUACAUCUAAACACAAUGAUUAAUCAUUGCUAACGAAAGAUGGUUCAUUACAGAUGCGGAUUUCAGUUAUAUAUUUAUUUAUUUAUACAUAUUAUAUAUGUAUCGGGACUAACCCAGAAGUUUUCUACUAAACAUAAUAUUGUGCUCCAAUAAAAAUCAUCAAAAGGUUUUUUUUGUUUCAUUUUUAAACUUGUUGGUGAUUAAGAAAGUUGUUUUUUGAUUUCCUUUUUAGUAUUUUGAGUAUUAAGAAAAUCUGUAAACACUGUAUCAAGAAUGAAAAAGUUUACAAAAACAAUAUUUUCAUUAUUUUUAAUUUUGUUUUUUUUGUUGCAAUUCAGUUUAAAAUAUUCAUAGACUUGACAUUUUGACAGAAUAGGCUUUAUAUAGGAUUUUUCUAGAAAUGAUACACAUUUUCAAAACAUUUGAGCUAUUUAUAGACUUUUUAAUUUUGUCAGUCUUUUACGUAAUUUUUAUUUGGUUGGUACUCUGUGGAUAACAUUUAUAGACUAAACAGACAGGUUCAUUCUAAGUCGUACAGUACAGUAGUACUUAAUGGUCAUUAAACGUAGGUUGAAUAAAUUUUCUCGUUAGUUGACCAAAUUAGUUACACAGUACACCUACCUAGUCCAUACUAGUUCCUACCUAGUCGGUUGUGCCCAUCUCAAGUUGUCGUUGCUACACCUUCGAAAUCAUAGAUUAUUAUAAAAGUUUAAGUAUUGAGGUAAUAAAAUAUUCUAAAAAAGUAAUAAUUAUUACCUCAAUAUCAAGGGGUGACUAAGUAAAACCACAGAAUAUAAUGGUAAAAUAAUAUUUAACUAUAACUAAAAUAAAUGUCUUGUGUGUCUUUAUAGAGCUUUAUAAUGAUCCUAUUAAAAACUUGGUACAUUAGUAUAGUUAGUAUAUAAAAGCUAGUGAACUAGAGUAAUAGGUACCUAUCUACUCCAAAUAAGCUACUAGCUGGAGUCUAUUAUAGAACACUGGUGGGAUAAUUUAAUCAGUCUUAAAAAGACAUCCUAGGAUAAUGGAGACGGAUGUAGCCAUUAUUAUAGGUAAUUUAAUGUAUAUCUGUAAGCAACAAUAAACCAUUGCUUACUAAAAAUGAUUCUGAGCAGAGUUCAGUUUAUAGUAAUGCUUUGUCAAUAAUACGUUUG